AUGUUUGGAGAUUUGGAGUGGCUGCUCUCCAGUGCUCGAGAACCGUACCUACUUUUGGCGUCCGUGGCUGCUGUCGCUGUCUUGAGCCUCGCUGUUUUUUCAGCAUCGGUUGUUUUGAAGGCCUACAGUCAAGUGCGAGGAUUUGAUGGUCCGCAGUGUCACUGGUUCAAGGGACAUCUUGAUCAGGUGAUGUGUAAACGAGCAACAUGCAUUUACGAAUUUUAAUAAUCAUAGUUUCCAGCCCGCUAUGUCGACUGCAUGAUGUCUUGAUCAUUUGUCUCCACAAGCGUUAAGUACGUGUGCGUACUUAACCCGAAUCAUAGAACAACGCAAACAAGGUCCGUCCUCGGUUAGAGCACAUGGUUAGAAUUCGAAACAUUGAAAAUCGUGGUAAACAUUAAGAUAUUAUAAUAAGAUCAUCAUGGAUAUACUGUUUAACUAAUAAGUAUCGCACAAGCUCAUUUAUUUGAAACAAUCGAUGCUUAAACGAAGAGAUUGCGAAUUGUUCCAUUAUUCUACCUGCACAGGAAAUGCACCUAAUGAAGCAUGUGCACCAGCAUAAGUCUGCUUCCGAUUAGAUCAAUCAAUACUUUGAAAGCACAUGAUUAGUUACCUUUUCCGUUCGUGCACUCGCAUACGCGCAUGCCACACAGACUCUUCGCCACCGCCGUAAUUUCUUAAUUGCUCGCGCGUAUACGAGUAGCCGGCUGACGCUCUCGAAUUCUUAGAAAGGCAGAAGAAAUGAAAGACAGAAAAAUAAGUUAAAAAUGGAAGAUAUUGGUAAAUUUACAGUUUAUUUAAAUUGAGAUUAUAGAAGAGUCAGAAAGUGUUCUCAUUCUUGUUGUAUUAUUUUGUUUUUGUUUUUUUAAUUCUUGUUAUUGGAUUUUUUUCAGUAUGUACGUGCGGGUGUUAAGAGGUUAAUUGCAAACAGGAAAAAAACUGAAAAUAAUACAAAACAAAUAACCAAAAAAACAAGCAGAUAUUUCUGUUAUCUCUUCCUUUCAUCCUCGGGAAGUUUUAGGUCAAUUUUUAGCAUUAUUAAUCUGUCACAUUUUUGACCUUUGGCCACGUUUCCUGUUGAUUACUUUGUCCAUGUUUCCCAUUCGUAUAAAAACGUUUCUCAGAGGUGAAAGCGCGGGGGCGGGGGAGGGGGAGGACUCCACAUACCUUACCCUUAACAGAAAAUACGCUUUCUGUACAGUUUGUAUUAAAAUACCCAAAACCUAUCAAUAAAUCACUAAAACAAAAAGGCGCCUUUUUUUAUAAAUAAUAAAAAUUCAUACGGCCAAAACUUGCGUCUGAGUGGAAAUAUUGUAAUUAAAGGCCUCUGAAAUGCCAGCGCUUAGCCCUUUCAUACACUCAACUUCUAGCCUUACCAGAAGCAUCUGAAUAAACUUGCCCCUUUCGGGUGGAGCCUCCCUGCAUAGGAUAUCAGAGAGAGUAGUCCCCUCGAGAAAUGAAGGAAGUGCUGAAAAGGCUGAAAUCGACUGAAAAGACAAGCAAAACAUUUACAUUUUCGCUGAUACUGACGCGGAAAAACUUUAUCACUUAUAAAAAUCCCGAGGUCAUCUAUUUUUAAUCCUCUCGGGUGUCGGACGUCGUGAAACUAAAUAUACGCGCUUGAGAGUAAGUUCCACAGUCAGUUCAAAAGAAAGCCAUUUUCGAAAGCCAUUUUCGAAAGCCAUUUUCUUAAAUCGAAGAAAAAACUGGGAAGUUAAAGCUCAAAUUGGGGCAGCCGUAAAGCUUCCUUAAUUUUAAAGCCAUGUAACUAUGAACUGUAGAGGGCGAAGGAAAAGGUCCGAGGGAUUAGUAAAAAAGGUGCCUUAAGGGAGAUAGCAGGCUCAAAAAAAUUCCAUGUCCUGUUUAACCAUAAAACAAAAGAAGCGAGGCUGUUUAUACAGUCGGGAAUACAUGUAUAUAUAUUCCCGACUGUAUAAUCAGCCUUGCUUCUUUUGUUUUAGAUCUUCACUCACUGCUGAUUAGAUCCGUCAUUAGGAUCCGGUGCUCUUUUUUUGUAAGCUGGUCCUUGCUUCAAAAAUUGAUCCUGUUUAACCACAUUCUAAUAAACUGGUUGAAUACAGAAUUGUUCAUAGACUUCAUAAUGUAUUGACGGGUUAUGGGGGGAGGGGGGGGAGUUUACUCCUAUAAAUAACGGAUAGGCUUGUGUCGCCCACGAUCAUAAACCAUGACCAAAUUUAAGGAUAAGACAAACAAAAAUUUGCAGCCAAUUUAAGGCCCAAACCCGAAAAAUUACUCCCUCUUCAGGAAAACAAAAACUAACAAUUAAAUUGCAAUACAUAAACCUUCAUUCAGAAUCGCUAUUCUAAUACUCUUAGGGAUAGAUCCUUCAGUUUAACAGAUGCUUGUUUCUUAUCCAGCUGGGCGUUUAAAACACUUGAAUUUUAGCGGAAGAUACAAUUCAGGUACCCUAGCUAUGGAUCACACCAGGAACAUAAUGUCAACAAGGGCAAAAAUGUUGCCCGGCUAUUUAAGGUUUUAGGCCUUCAAAAACCAUACCCUAUCUAUCCCGUACAUGGAAGUAUCCCCCACUCGAGCGAUGGGUGUAGAGCAUUUCUGGUCAGCUCAACUCACCUCAGAAAUGCUUUCCUAUGUGCCGGCAAAGCCCAAUCUACAUGCCCUUUUUUCAUGCCAUUGAUGAGCUCAAAUCCUAGAGGGCGAAAAUGUUUUGGUGUUGCUUUUGUAUGCGCUUAGGUCCCAGUUUUAAUUCUUUUUAAUGCCGGAUUAUAUCAGAGUGAACUCAUUGCACAACAAAGACAACAAUUAGCCUAAACAUAAUUUUUGAUUGUCAAUAUUAAUUGUUUGCCCUUUAUCCUUACUUCCAUUGUCCAUAAACCUUUAGUCUUUUGUCCUCCUUGUAUUUAAUAUAGCUGUUAAAUAAGACAUCUUUAGACUUGAAGGCUUGAACUUUGAGUAAUUCUAUACACUCCAAAUUUAAAGCUUUAGAUACACGGUCAGUAAUAAAGGUAUUUAUAAUCCCUUUCUCACCAGACAUGUCCUUAAUGAUACUCAAAGAACUGUCAAAAAACGACCGAAUUGAAGUUAUAUUACGUGCAAACUUUCGCUAAUAAAGUGAAGGGGCACUUUCCAUAGACAAGGAUUUACAUUCCAUUUUUCACCUUAUUAGCAUUAACACAGAUUAUUGGCAAGAUCAUGUAGGCCAGUUUAUCGUUUUUUGAAAUAACCAUAAUUGAGGAAAUUAAACCUGUUUUGAGGAUGAUCAUUCUACAUGUACGUCGUCAGCAAUGUAUCAUUUCAAGCACGGUUUGGGUAACGAUAUCGUUACACUAGCGAUAAUUUGCAACACAUUUACUUGGAACAACAAGAAAGCGAAUAAGCCGAGUUCCUUGCAUACAACAGGCAUACCAUAGACUCAGUGCGCACCAGUAGAAAUUAAUGCGCACGCGCUACCAGCUUGGGUAAGCGACACAUCCCUCAGGUUAAUCUAAGAUCUAAAGAUGGAGAUGAAAGAUUCUUAUGGCAAUAUGCUUUUUUUAGCCUUGCACGUCAGAAUGCCUAAUUCUCCGGUGUGUACUACUGAAAUAAUACAGUGUUGCAAGUAAAAUUAAUAUCAUUAUUAUAAUUUAAUUACUAUGGAAGGUGAAAGCAUUUCUCUCUCUGUAUUAAGUUUGGUAUCCUUGCAAUGUGUACGUGACUCUAUUUCUCUUUAUCGUACACUCUGUUUUGCCUGCGUUGGCUUCAGUUGCCUUAAAUUAACCAGUCCAGAUAAGACUGCGUUCUUUACAUUCCAGAGGAAAGUCAAAAGCUAAAUAAAGUUCCAGAUAAGAAUAUGAAAGAUUCCGUUUAUAUGACGACCGCUACAUUUAUAGAAUACCUGUCUGAAGGGCAAAUGAAUACGUGCAGUAACUGAAAAGAAGAGUCGCGACCCGAAAAGCACAGUAUGUCCAUUAAAAUUGACAUCGCUGUUUUAGUACUUCCCCGCGUUAGAGCUAAAGUAGGUGUACGCGAUAGUCUCACCGACGUUAUGUCCUCAUCUGCCCUAAAACAGGGUCUGGAAGGGGGCGGGGGCGGGGGUGGGGGUGGAGGAGGGGGUCCUGAUCCCGCCGCAUUCCCGGUCCUUUUUCAGGAACAUCCCGUGUCCCGCUUUUUUUCAUCGCUUAGAAAAAUUCAUUCAAAGGCUAAUUAAAGAAAGAUGUAUAUCGGCCCCAUUAAUUGAUAUAAAUAUCAUAUAUGUUUGGAAUUUAUGCACAUCCAGGAGCCGAUUAGUAAUCGGCUCCUGGCACAUCUUAAGGCCAUUGCACAACAGAAAUAGCUUUUCAUUCCUCAAAAUGACGAAAGAGCACGAUAUGACAGCAUGAUAGGUCGUCCUGCACUUGUGCGCACUGAUAUCAAAAAGUAACUAGUACCUUGGAGCAUCCUGUUUUCAUGGAUAAGUGAGUCAAACUCAUAGUCAGAAAAGCAUCUUGUGUUCUCAUAAAGGACAAAUUUCAACGCCAAUACCUGCAUUUGCACUCUAGCAAUCGUGACCUCGGGGUUUUCUCUUAGGUCAUUACUCCUUGUGGUUUUAGCUAACGCUUGGACCUUUAAUACUGCUUCUGGAAUCCCCCAGUUUACUGCUCUUUAUGUUCGUUACGUAGCGGAAAAUUAAUUAGCGUUGCUUGUGGGGCUUGCCUGUCCAAGAAGUUCAGUUAGUGGAGAGUGGCGUGAGGUAUAGAGAGCAGAGGGGAAAAGAGAGGAAAAGUGGAAGAAAGGAAGAGGGAGAGAGGAGGGUUUCUUCCCCCUCUGUCCCUACCCUCACCCCUUCCAUUUUCAAUUUCCGUUUCCAUUUCAUUUUCCUUUUAUUUCCUUUGAACGCUGAACGCUGAACGAUGGAACAGGCUUGCUGGCGCUAAAAGACUCGCCUGUGGCCGCAAGAAAGAGGUGCAUCAAAACUAUGACUAUUUUGCCAUAUCUAAACUCAGUUAAAGUGAUGCAAUGAGAAGUCCUUCGAGAUUUACAAUAAAUGUAAAGAGCUUGGGCAAGUGAGGGCAUCAAGAAUCAAGAGCGCACUUUCCCGGCAUUCGGUUGAGACAGCGGGGCUUCUAUUUGCUUGUCUGGACAGUUUCAACUAGAUUAGCCUGUUCCAGGCUCUCAUAUAGUGGGGAAGACGCGAAAGUGUCGCGCUUUCUCAAUUCCGCGGGCUCGUCUAUCUCGGAGCCUGGUCAAUGUUUAUCUAGUUGUAGCCUGUUCCAGGUCACUCUUUCGUUUGCUUGGCUUGGAGACACCACUGAAUGCUCGCCUGGUUGAUCCGCUUUUCCCACUGGAAAGUACAUUUUAGUUCGUGACGAUUUCCCGAAUUCCCGACGGAAGGGUAAAAAUCCCGCAUCCCCUGUCCAAAUAUUUGUGAAUCUCGCUUCCCGUGUUGCAGUAAAAUCCUGUUUCCCGUUAAAAUAUUUUGCAUUUUCCUGGAUCCCGAAAAUAACCUUCCAGACCCUGUAAAUAGUGCAGGUCUAGAAAGGUAUGCCGUGAAGUUUAUGCCCUACAAACAAGUCACCCGUGAUACAGCGUGUUGCAGACGUUCACCGUCGUUCAGCUUGUGCAUUCGGAAGGCACAAAGUGAACUCGAGCAGGAAAACAAACAGAAAAGUCUACCCGAGAUACUAUGGUCCCGUCCACACGACGAAUCCAGACAGGCAGAAACAGCAUUUUUUAGUUCAUUUAAUUCGAACAGGGUUUCAAUUGUGCACACGUGGAACUGGCGAAUCUGGAGAGAGGUCCGGUGAGCGGAUUCACUGGUUUCGUGUGGACGCACACAGACACAUACACUCACAAAAAUAUGCGGUUUCAAAAAACACCGGAUUCGUAUAAACGGGGCCUAUGCAUCAUUCUAUUAAACACUAACCAUGAUUACUUUUCCUUUAUUGAUUUCAGGCUACCUUUGAUGGACGCGGUCUCCAGUUUCACUUAAAGUGUACAAAGCAAUACAAAACAGCUUACAGAGUUUGGUUUGGACCCACUAAGUCAGCGGUGGUCCUCUGCCAUCCUGAUACAGUGAAACCAUUGCUACAAAGCACUUUUAAAGAAAAAUCAGUUUGUCGCCUCCUUUCACCAUUUUUAGGUAACAAUAGGAUGCAAAAAUAUACUAAGCUUAGCAGCCUCAAGUCUUUUAAUAUUUUGUCAUUUUAAGUGUCAUUAUAUUAACCCUCGGACAGCAGGAGGGAGGGGGUGCCACUCCCCUAAGGUUUUUCUGAUUUUUUUUCCUAGACGAUAAAACAUCAGCACCUGAUGUUUUCUGUAGCUGUUCGUUUAUCCUUCACGCGCAUUUUGAGACAAGUUUAGUGAUGGUCAGUUACUAUGGGUACGAGAUAUGACGUCAUAAGUAGCAGGUGGUCAUGCCAUUUUUGAGUGAAAAUGUAUGUUUUUCUAUUUUUUUUCGGGAAUAAAAGUAAAGCUUGUGGUUAAAGUGAUGUAAAGUAAUUAUUUAUAAAAUAUACCUCAUCUUGUAGAGAAGAUCAAAGGCUUUCCACUUAAGGCUAAAUAUGAAAUACUGAUAUGAAAAUGAAAAUUUGAAAUUUGAAAUGCUGCAAAAUAUCAAAAAGUAAUUGCUUAAAACUGCAAAAACCGUGGACAAAGAUCCUGCUGGUUGUCAACGUUGGAUCUCUAGAAAAGAGAUUUAAUCAGCUAAAAUAUUAAGAACCAAAAAACGAAAUGAUGUUACAGAUAUUAUUUAAAGGUCAAAUGAACCAAAAUUUCGACCUUUUUUAUUUUAGUUCAAUUCUAGUGAAAUGUGUUUAAUAUGAACCAAAUAAACAUACUAUGAAGUUUCAGCUCAAUUGAAGCAAGUAUCUCCGAGAUAUUUGCAAUUAAAAAUUGCUAUCUUUUGGCCCUGAUCUUCGUAGAGCGGUCGGAAAAAUUGUCGGAAAAAACAGCUUGUGACGUCAAUGUUGGUCAGGUGAAAAAACGCGGGAAAUUCAAAACAGAGUUUUUCGAGUCCACUUGGCGCAAAAGUGGUUUGUGCGGCCAUAAACCUGGAAAGAACAGGCAAUUUGUCUUCAAAAGUUGCAAGCUGUGGUUAUAACCUUCUUAUUAUUUAAUUUUCUCGAAGAAUACAUCAUAGUAAAACGGACUUUAACGACAUUUACUAAUUUCCUUGAGUUGUACUGGAAAUGUGCGAGCGUAAGUCCGAUUUUUUUCAAGACGUAUUCACAAAAUGUGUUCAUAUAAGGAGGUUCCUGGAUAUAUAAGGUCCGGAGCUCCACCGUGGACAUAAAAACAAAAUAUCUUUGUAUAAUAAUCUGCCCCCAAAAAAUUCAAGUUUGUCCACAAUGUGUUUGAAGACACUGAACUUUGUCGCACUCGAGCUGAUAUUUUAAAACCCACGCUCGAUCGGACACUUCUAGCUUCGCAGAUCACUAAAAUAUAAACAAAAUCCUCAAUGUAGCAGUUUUGGCGUUGAUAUGUGGGCAGAAAAAGAGUUCAUCAUUAUCUCGUAAAUCUUCCCCAAGAUCGGUUUCAAAGCAACCAUAGUUUUUUCAACUUGAUCGUUUCGCGCAGAUUAAUUUUGCUUUGUGUUGUCAAGUUGAACAUGCAUAACACCUGUCAAAAACCUACGUGUAAGUAAAAUUUCCUUCAAACAAAGUUAAAGUUACAUUAUUGCAAAAACUUCUUUCCAGUUAUGUAUAAGAUUUAAUUACUGAUUGAGGUCACUUUAAGGACCAUAGACGCCAGUUUAAGCUGGCAAAGAGAUGCGACAAGCAAAGAACAAUUCCAUCAUUCAUAAAAUUCAGCUUAAGUGAACUAAAAAAGCUUCAAUAAGGUUGCAAAACAACAAAUUUUCAUUAAAAAAAACAUAAGGGUUAAGGGUCUUAUACCUGCUGACAAAGAAGAAGUGAAUUUUCUGUACGGAAACAACCUACCUUAAGAUCUUAAAAGUAAAAGAUCCGUUGCAAGCUUCGCAGCCAAGCCAUGAUUCCGACUACUUAGCUAGAUUAGCUACUUUUAAUAACUGGUCCAUGCGAGGGUCUUCAUUCAAGCAAAUAAAACUCAGCAAACUGAAUCAUUAGAAAAUACAGAAAACUGCACAUAAGGAGCUCCAGCAAUUGUUUACGGGCAAAGAGUCGAUUGUUUUGGAGUCACUGCCGGCAGUUGUCGUUCUCCGCUACUUCACAGCGAGUGAAAGGAAAAUUUGCGUACAGAAAGAUAACAAAACUAUGUAAUUAAAACUGAAAAAACUAAAGGAAAAAAACUCUGACUAUUAUUAUUAUUACUUGAGCAACAGAAAAAUGAUCGAAGUGGUCUUUUCUUCUCGAGUAAGCUUGAUGGCCUUCUAAAGUUCCGAGAAAGUUUUUAAAACUUAAAAGCUCAAAGCGCACAAGGUUGUUCACUCGCAUGCGUUAGCCGUUACGGUUCUUUGACUGAAGACAAGGAUAAAGCUGGUUCUGCAAAAGUAAAUAAAUCUGGGCAUGUAAAAAAGGUAACCAUAACUACUAAUAACAAAAUAAAAGCAGGUUUUCAUUCAAUCCGGCGAAAGAAGGCGAAGCACUGGACACAAAAUCAACUCACAAAUCAAAUGCACAAUUAUCAGAAAAAUACAAACCUGUCUGGAAAUGUUCAAAACGUUUUAUUCCACCCCAGACUGACGGAAUGAUAUGUUUUUACUCUAACAUUGGUUGUUCUGAAUCCAAAGUAAUUUUCAAGUGACGAAAAAACAACAACUUGAACAAAAAAAAAAACCUUUACAAGGAGCAAACGUUCGCACCUCGUGUAUUUCAUUCAGUCUCAGUUAGAACUCUCACAGAACGAGACAAACAAACGCAGGCGAUAAGGGAUGCGCAGAAGCUUGCGCAGAACGUUUUUCCACCCUGGAAGACCAACAUUGACGUCACGUAGUCUCCAGUCUAUCACGCGGCCAUUUCAGAAACGUUUUCGUGAAGUCUUCGGAAAUGCUCGGAUUUUGAUACUUUAUCUUUCUAUAAAGGCUUAGGAAGAAAAAUCUUUGCCCAAAUCUCACUUAGGAUGCUUCUUUUUAGUGUUUGGUGAAGGUAAAGCGACAAAAGAAAAUAUUUCAAUUUUUUGGUUCAUUUGACCUUUAACAUCUGUAAACCUAAAAAAGAGUGGUUUGGCCAACCGGAAUACUAUUAUGUAAAAGCAGUAUGCGUUGUUAAGAUAAGCUUUGCAGUAGUCUUUGGACUUCUCGUUUUUUGGGUAUUCAAAGGGCUUCGGCAAUUGGUGGUCGUACAAGCGCUUUAGGUCUACAGAAGGAAAUUGACAAGGCAUGCGCAGUCUAGAACAGCAGGAAAUAUCGAAAGAUCUCACCAUUAUACGAAGACGAAAUAGCCGGACUGGUUAUGCGAAGACAGAUCAUCCUUAGAGGACCUUCAUCAUCAUCAUCAUCAUUAUUAUUAUUAUUAUUAUUAUUAUUACCUUAUCAGUUACUUUUAUCAUUGCAUUUUUUAUUUGUUGUUGUUGUUGUUGUUUCUAGGCGUAGGCCUUGGUCUCCAAAAUGGCGCAAAAUGGAAAAGUACAAGAAAGAUCUUAACACCUGCUUUCCACAUCGAAACAAUCAAAUCCUACAUGAAGGUCUUUCAGCAAUCAGCAGAAGUUCUUUUGGUAAGAACUGCGCAAAUGUAAUCACAAUAUUCCACAACCAUAAUUACAGAGGGUUAUAACAUUCUACCGAUCGAUCUAACUGCUCAGGUGUCUUAAAUUCAAAGUGCGUCGCGUUUUCUGAGAAUCUCAAAGAUUUCCACUUUUUCCCGCAAAAUUCAACAAAAUUCUUAUACUAGACAUGUGGCGCCAGCGUGUUUCUCCCGUGAUUUGAAUCUUUUUUUUAAAUAAAGUGUUGCCUACCUAUCUACCUACCUAGUAUCUUCAAAGAGAAUGCCCUUUCUGAAUUAGGUUGUAAUGCGGGUAAUUUCUUGAACAUAUUUUCAGGGGAAAUGGUCGUCCUCCCCAGAUGGAGAGAUUGAGCUGUUUCAAGACAUUGGAUUGUUGACGCUGGACUCCAUUUUGAAGUGCACUUUCAGCUAUUGGAGUGACUGCCAAGUCAAAAGAUAAGUAUCCCUACCUUUUUCUCAGCGGCCGCAGAUCUGGAAAAAUAAAAAAAGGACCGGAGGCCUUGGGGUGCAUCUACCUCCCUACCCGGCAUCCAGUGGAAAUGUUGGGUUUGUUAUUCGUUAAUUAUGCAUCUCCUGGAGUAUUAGAGUCCACAGGCGUACACUCUGAAGUACGUGUUUUAGUAAAGAGCGAUACAAGUGGAGCGAGGGUAGCGCAGUGGUGAGAGCACUUGCCUCCCACCAAUGUGGCCGGGGUUCUAUUCGCGCAUAUGACGCCAUAUGUGGGUUGAGUUUGUUGUUGGUUCUCGCCCUUUGCACGGAGAGGUUUUUCUCCAGGUACUCCGAUUUCCCCCUCUCCUUAAAAAACCAACACUUCCAUAUUCCAGGUCGACCUGGAACGCACGGACACAUAUCAACGAGCUCUUAUAAGAACUUCUAAGUGCUCUGUGGGUAAACAAUUUACAAAUACAAAUACUUUUAAGUAUUUGUAUUUGUAAAAAAAUUUCUAUCGUGCCACUUUACACGCAUGCAGAAAGAAGCAGUUAGACGCCACAAAUUGCGGCAGAUAUUCAUCAUAUUUUUUUUUUCUUCGUCGCAGCACGCCCGACGCGUUUAUGACCGCGAUUCAUGAAAAUACUCAGGCAAUCAUGGACAGGUUUUCGUAAGUAAUAGCUGUGAGCUUAGAUGGGACGAUCAUGAUUAAAUCUAAAAAAAAUACUAAAAACUGAUUAUCAAAGUAUUCGCUCAAUCUAUGUCUACAUCAUUAUUUAUAGUUCUUCGUAGAAAUGUUUCCAUAGACACCCUAACUGUAGCUGCCUCUACUUCGGUUAAGUUUUUUUUUGUCGGAAAUUUUCACAUACACUGCCGCCUGUCUUUCCGAAAUUUGCAGUCAUUUUAUAAACAUUCUAGAAGUAAAGAUAUAAAAAAACAUUUUAAAAUGUCUAUGCGAAAAUGAUUCUACAGACAUUUUGUAUUCCUUGUGCAAAAGUAGGGUAGAUUUUCACUCUUAUAAAAAGUCUGUGAAUUCACGAUUUAAAUUAGACAUUUCAUUAUCUCUUUAAAUGGUCCAGAUUUUCCAGUGAGCCUUGUUGAGCCUCUCUUAGUUCCUGAACGGGAUGUUAUUCCCUUUCUGCAAGUAAAACACUGUAAAACUAAAAGUUUCUUAAGAGUGUCGCUUACUCUUUCCUUUCCUUCAUUUCUUCUUAUUAUUUGUAGAAAUCCAUUGUAUCAGUUUGAUUUCAUCUAUAACCUGACUCCAGCAGGAAUAAAUUUCAAACGCAAUUCCAGUAUCGUGGCCCGUAAAGCGGACGAGAUUAUCAGGAAAAGGAAGCAGAACCUUUCGGAACAGGUAUAUCAGACUUAAAACUCCAUAAAAGCUCACUUGAUUUUCCACAAUGCACUUCUUCGCUAAUAAUUGGCCCCGCUUAACUGAAUAGCUGGGGUGAUUGAUGAAUUAGCCCGCUAUAGGCCUAAUGAAUGUGUGAAUUGCAUCAACUGAUCAUUUGCCUGUCAUUUGUUGCGUUCAUGUUUUUCAGCCAGAGAGAGAAAAAAUAAGAAGGCAAGAUCAUUUCGACUUCCUUGACGUCUUGCUGGAGGCAAAGGUACGAGUCCGGUAUUUGUCGCCUUUUGUUUGUUUCAGUUUGAAAACCUUGAAUUUACAACCCUCUGCCUCUCCUUAGUUUCAAUCUCAAAUGUUUCUCAUCAGGAAAAACUAGUAAGUAUGCGUUGCGAAAAUUAAGGCAAUCUCAUACAGUCUAACUGUAUGUAAGUACAAUUUAAAAAACAAGAGAUUGAAACCGUGGACGUCGAAAUCCACCUCUCUCUAUCUCUCCGUAGAGGUCUAAAAUUAUAAAUUAACGUUCGUCUAGCAUCAAAAGUUUAUUAUCUUCUUUGCAUUUUCUAGCGCGACAACGAACACAGUUUAACAGACGAGGAGGUUCGAGCAGAAGUCAGAACUUUCAUGUUUGCAGGCCUGGACACAGUCACGAGUGGUAACAAUCUCUUAUUUUAUAAAUAUUUUUCUGUCCUUAAUAGUAAUUUUGCUGGCGUCAACACUUUGGAAAAAUUACAGUAAUCAAAAAUUCCUUGAUUGUCGCUUGCUUUUACUGUUUUAAAAAUGGCGGGAAACUGGUUACGGCUGCAAGCCAGGCACUGAUGGCAAAAACAUGGGCGAGGGGCCAGGGGAAGGAGAAGAUGCUCUGUGAUGAACAAGGUUUUUCUGUGAGAAGUCCACCGUUAGGUCCGAUUCUCUUUCCUUUUCACGUGCAUCAGCCACUUUAUAAAAUGUUUGGAUGAAUCGACCACUAGAUGGUUGUGUCGAAGACACUAUAAAAAGCUCUUUUUAGGUUUCAAAACUAACGAUAGUUUUCAUUUUUUUUCCGAGUUAAAACUUGUAAAAUGCUUCAAAACAAAUCGCCUGCUAUGACGUUAUCCAAAUGAGUGGGAAAGAGGAAAUGGUUUUACUACCACCAAUCUGAAGGGACAUGCUUCUUCUAUUUGAGAUUACAGAUUGGAAGAACAUUGAUAUAUUUUUACAUUAUUAUUAAUUAUUUGCAGCAAUCUGUUGGAUUUUAUACUGUUUAGCGCUUCAUCCAGAACAUCAGAAAAAGUGCCAAGAAGAAAUUGAUAGCAUAUUUAAACAAAACAAGGAGCUACAGUGGUAAGGCCAAGUACUACUGAGUAAGCGAAGUUUACGUAUAGUCAUGCGCGCAACACAUAAAACUGCAUUUUUUUGCAUCACAGCAAUUUGCAAACAUUUGGAGGAGUAUUGAGGGAUAUUGUACUUUUUCCAACGCCAUGGAACUAAGCUUCUUCGAUACUAUAUAAUUAUCAACCGGUAGGCCUGUUGUCCGUCAUGUUUACAAAGCAGUGACCCAUGCAGGAGCUUCACCAUACCGAUGGCCGCCAACGGGAUUCUUUAUUCGCGAAAUCUCGAUUUUCCCUCAAUUAUUCCAUAAUCCCGACCGUUUUUAUCUUCUUAUCCCAUACUUCCACACAUGAGUUGAGAGGUUCCAGUUUGUACUAAAAUAGACGUCUUUAAUUUAGGAACAUGCCCAGAUUGGUCUUCUUUAGUAUAGGGCUCAACUCUACUUUUUCAAGUAUCGCCCUUGUCCUUUUAAUAAGGCAAUCUUUCACAAAGCCCUCCUCCCCCUUCCCCCACCCCCCCACCCUUCCGUGAAAAAUGGGUGUUACGAUCAAGUAACAAGGUCAAGAAAGUUUGUGAGAAAAACCUGUCUUAAGCUAAAAUCCCUGUGACCAAAUAACUCGCAAGUCCCGUAUUCCAUAGGAAAGCUUACUGUAGAAGACUUUCUAUACUGAGUGAAGUGUUGAGUCUCCCGGGAAAGUUAAGAGGAAUGAUUUACUGAGAAUACUUACGUCGAAUUUUCAAUUUGGUUAAUCUCGAAAGCUCGAUCGUAAACAGUUUAUAUUUUGUAGGCAUUACUUUAUAAUUGCAAUUUGGUUUUGCAUUAUUUUUUGUAUGGAGUCAUAAAAAUACAAGGUUACCUUCAAACUUUAAUUUUUUUACUAUUUUUCCUUUAAUAUAGGAAUGACCUGCAGAAUGCCCCAUACUUGAAGUUGUGCAUCAACGAAGCAAUGCGAUUAUACUCGCCUGUUCCUAUAAUCUGCCGUUCAUCGGACAAAAGUUACAAUGUACAAGGCAGGACAGUUCCCAAAGGUAUUUUUUAUUCAUUAAUUCUUUAAUCAUUUUAUCUAACCUUUGGCUUUUGAUUACGUAGUUGUAAUUGAUAUUUACGGCGUUGUGUCAAAAUUCAAGCGGAGGUAGCUGCCACCAAAUUGAGUGAAACAUGAAAAUAACCGAUCAAAACGUUAAAAGAAAAGGGAUGGGAAAACUUAAAAACUUGUCUGCCUAACAGUUAUUCAAAGUUUAAGAUUUUUAUUAUUUGUAACGUUUAACACAAUGCUUGGGAGACUUGUUUGUUUGACAAGAAGCUGGGAUUGUGUACAAAGUGAUUCACAAGUAAUUUCUCAAGAUCCUUAGCGAAUAAGAAAGCGUAAUUGGCGUUGAACACAGGUUAACAAAAACAAUAACCUGGACAACCGUGGCACUACAGCGCCUUUAAGAACACUCAGUGAUCAUAAUUAAGUUUCAUUGUUCAAAAACAAUUGCCACGCACAUGCUUCUACCGCAUAAGACUUACAAACUUUUAAAAACUCUUUAUCUUGACGUUUAGUUGUAAAAAUACAAGUCUUUAUUUUAAUAGUUGGCCGUAAAUUUCCUGAAUAGAAUCUCAAAGUGAGUAUCUUUUUGUCUCCCUGCAGGUACCUUUUUGUACGUUAAUAUAUUUGCUCUUCAUCGUAACCCUCAUGUCUGGGAAAAUCCUGAGGUAAGAUUACUACGAAAUCAUAACCAAUAACUACAAAGACCAAAUUUAAAAGAGUUUAGGGCCUAGGAUCGAGGGUUGUCAGGUUUCUAUGUCGAGGGUCGAGGGUCCCGAGGGUUGAGGGUCAUACUAAAGAGAUGUAUCUCGACAAUUGAAAGCCAGUGCGGUAAGCCCAAACUGUUGGUUUAUUUUGCGUUCUUCAUAUCAGCGAAUGACAAAUUAAAGCCAUAGUAAUAGUAAAGAAGACAUGUAGGUUUGUCACAAGGUCUUGUGCAGAAAAAUAAAAGAUCUGCAAAAUUUAUAAUUAGAGUUUAUCUAGUUUAAAAUGAAAGCCCAAUAACAUUACAACAUUUUCGUUUGUGCUAAUCAACUCAUGAAAUUAGGUCAAUUAGCAGUGUUAGUUAUAUCCUUUUGCAUAUUAACCUUUCACCUUUGCUCGACUGUGCUUCUUGAUGCAAAUUUACGAAAUUUCAAUGUUUUGGUAUAUUACUGCUCUAAAAAGGUGUAUCGAAAAAAGUCAUUUCCUCAUCGGAUACUACGUGUGCAAAAAGAUAAGAACGAGUCGAUAAUAGUUUUUCGGGCCAGCACUUAUAUACUCAUUAGAUAAUUAACAAUUAUUCCUCGAGCCCGAAUGGGCUAUUGACUCAGAGGCCAUGAGGGCGAGAGGAACAAUUGUUUUAGUAAAAUCCAACUAGUUGGUCAAAAAUAUUGAGAAUAAAAAAAAAUUGGCUAGUUAAAGCUAGACUUUAAUCCUUUUUUGCCGCCAAAAGCCCGCUUUUCGGUACUAGUGGGCUAUAACAUAUAGCCUAGUAGUAGCUCAACCAAUCAGAACGCAGCAUUGAUAAUAGACCACUAGUUGGAUUUUACUAACACCAAAUACGUACAUUUUUUAGGUGUUUGAUCCGUUAAGAUUUACAGAAGAAAGAUCAAAAGGCAGGCCGUCGCACUCGUUUAUUCCAUUUUCAUCAGGACUAAGGUACUUAUAUAACUUUGUCUGAGUCGCAAUAAACCAAAUGUGACUUAUCUUUAUGCAUAGCUAGUUAGUCCAUAUUGUAAGUUAACUCAGUAAAAAAAAGUCUCUGUUUUUUUUUAGGAACUGCAUAGGACAGUACUUCGGUAUGGCGGAAAUUAAGAUAACCCUGGCGAUGAUUCUUCAACGGUUAGUCAUUUUUGUUCUUUGGAGAGAGCUUAUGUUAAUAAACUACGGUAAAUGACCGAUUAAGCGCCGCUCUCGAAUAAGCGCCGCACCUAUUCCGAAAACAAUUUAAUAAGCGCCGCGACGCUAAUUUGGGUAUUUACAAAUUGACGCCCCUCCUUUGAUACGGUGCUUGAUAUAAAGAGAUGUGGAAACCAUAUCGCUUGAGAAAUAAGAACUUGACCAACUCGUGAGCUCUAAAGUUUUAAUGUAGGGAACCUCUUGAAACCCGGUUCAUGUAACAGUUCUAGGUGUACAUAUUUUAGACUUAAUUAUGCACCCCUCACUUAAUUCUCUCUAUAUUUAUUCCCCUCAGUGUUUUACCCGUAGAUGAAAUAAGCGCCGCCCUCGUAUAAGCGCCGCACCCAUAUCAGGGAAAAUGAAAUAAGCGCCGCGGCGCUUAAUCGAUCAUUUACGGUAAUACCCAAACCAUAUCAGUGUCAGUGUCUCAUGCGAUCAUGCGAUUCAGCUCUAUGGUCCCAGUGAUGAUCCUAUCGAGUCAUUCGUUUAGCGGCAAGAAUGUGCAGAAACCUCACCAGAAGGCCAAGCGCUUAAGAGCGAUGUUCGCCUUUGGAGGUCGGAAAAGAAAAAGGCAUUUGCGCAAGGUCACCGCAAAAAUGUCGUAAAAUGACAAAAAAACUGAUCAUACUUUGUUUUCCCUUUGAUGGAAUUAUUUGAUAGACUAAAUUUGACACAAGAUGACUGAGAAUACUUAGUUGUAAUUUCAGCUUUGCUUUUAUAAAAAAAAUAUAUGGAAUUGAUAACGUGGCAUGACCUCUUUUUCCGUUGAUUCGAUAUGCAAGUGUAACACCCAAAUUAUUCUAUAUUUAUUUAUUCUCUGCUAUUUCAACGUACUUCACAGAUUUAACCUCAAAGUCAGACCGGACCAAAUUGUCCCAAUGGAGGAUUUGCUCACUGUUCUCAUGUUGCGAAGCAAAACUGGGUUGCGCAUUAACAUUCAUCCACGAAAGUCUGAUGUUUGGCACGACGACAACGAUAAUUGCACGCAUAUAGAACUAGAAAAUCACUGCUGA